UCACUUUGACUCUGUCAAGGAUGUAUGUAUGAUCUCAUGUGGCAUAAAGGAUCAUUUUAUUGAGAUCAGAUGGACCAGACCAUUUCAUCAGGGUGCUGCCCGCACGUACUAAGGAGAGAAUAGAGCCUGCAUGGGGUAUUCCUUACACAGGUUCCAGGGCUACUUGCCCCUGGCUUCCAAAUUCACCAUAUUCCGGGGUUUCUAAGGCAAAUCUCUGAUCGGGACAUAGGCAAUAAUUUCAAAGGAGCUAAGAUCCAAUCAUCAGUCGAUGCUGGAUUGAGGAUAGUGUUGGGAUAGGCCAGCCUGAGCCAUGGCUCACGGGAAGAAACCAGGGAAGAUCACCAGAAUCCUGGGACCCAGCCCUUCGUUGUGCCCAGGAGGAUCCAUAGAAAAGAAGCCAGGGACUAUUAGGAGAAUAUUGGCCCCCAGCUCUCCGCCCAGCCCGGGUCCCACAGGAUCCACAGAGGAGUCUAAUGAAGGACCUCAUGUUGAAGGACCUCAGAAAGAAAGACCACAGAGUUUGAGGAGUAAGGGCCCUCCACCCUGCCCUGACCCCCUAUCCACAGGGGAGCCUACUGAUGAAGAACCCUGGGGUCUGAGCAGCAAAGGCCCAACUGAAAGCCUACAUGAUGGAACUCAGAGUCUGAAGAGUGAAGGUCCUCCUCAGCACUUGCAGAGCACCAGCAAUGAGGAGCUGGACAAUAACAAUGAUGAGAGGACCCCUGGGCCUGCAGCACCUGUCCCUGUCCCUGCUAGUCCAACACAGGCCCGCUCAUCCCAGGCCUACAGCAAAAUGACUCAGGCCCUGAACUACCCUCUGCAGUCAGACGCCCAGGACCAGAACUACCCUCGGCAGUCAGACGCCCAGGCCCAGAACUACCCUCUGCAGUCAGACGCCCAGGCCCAGAACUACCUUCUGCAGUCAGACGCCCAGGCCCAGAACUACCCUCAGCAGUCAGACGCCCAGGCCCAGAACUACCCUCUGCAGUCAGACGCCCAGGCCCAGCCCCGACAGACACAGCAGCAUCUCAGAGAGAGUCCAACAAGCCCCAGCACCAGGCCCACCUCUGACUCCCCAUCCAGUCAGGAGAGACAGUCCAGGGCUGUUAAACCAUCACCUGUCCUUACCAGUGCCAGUCCUUACCAGCCGUGUCUGAUUAGUCCCUCCAGUUCACCUCUUCCUGUCCCUGCUAGAGCUAGUCUCUCCUCCAAGCUCUCUCUGAACCUGCCCAGUGACACCACCACCCCUGACAGCAUGGAGAUGGAGGAGGAGGAGGAGGAGGAGGAGGACAGCUGCUCAGAGUACGACAAUGUGGGUUCAGAUGUGGAAGGUGUGGAGCAAGACAUUGAUCAGGUGCUGCGGGUGGAAGACCAGGGUAUGGAGGUGAGGUACUACCCUGAGCCGCAGGAUGGUAUCUAUGUGGAACACCAAGACGGAACCUACAUUAAAAACCAAGACGGAACCUACGUGAAACUCCAAGACGUAACCUACACGAAACACCAAGACGGAACCUACGUGAAACACCAAGACGUAACCUACACGAAACACCAAGACGGAACCUACGUGAAACACCAAGACGUAACCUACACGAAACACCAAGACGUAACCUACACGAAACACCAAGACGGAACCUACGUGAAACACCAAGACGGAACCUACAUUAAACACCAAGACGGAACCUUCGUGGAAUGUGAAGACCGAACUUACAUAGAACACGAAGACGGAACGUAUGUGAGGUAUGAAGAUGAAACCUACGUAGAAGAAUGUGAGGAUGGACCCUAUUGCCCCAAGGAUUGCACCUAUGUAGAAGAUGAGGAUGGUACCUAUGUGGAGGGUAGUGUGGAGGGGGACAGCCUGGAGGGGGACAGCCUGGAGGGAGACAACAGCACCACUGUACAAUACAAACCCACAAGGCCACUGUACGGCCCUGAGUCUGAGGAGAUGCAGGGUAAAGAUAGAAAACCCUGUAGCUCUUCUGAGCAUUACCAUCAGUUCAAUGACAAUCCACAUCAGACACCCAAGGCUGGAGACAAGGAAGAAAAAGAGGAGGUGGAGGGGCAGGAGGAGGAGGUGGAGGGACAAAAGGAGGAAGAGGAGGGGGAGGGACAGGAGGAGGUGGAGGGACAGGAGGAGGAAGAGGAGGGGGAGGGACAGGAGGAGCUGGAGGGACAGGAGGAGGAGGUGGAGGGGCAGGAGGAGGAAGAGGAGGUGGAGGGGCAGGAGGAGGUGGAGGGACAGGAGGAGGAAGAGGAGGUGGAGGGGCAGGAGGAGGAGAAUUUCCCAGAUGAAACUGGUGAAACAGAGGAAGAGCGGGAUGUGACCACGUACACAGAGGAGGAGUCUGAAGAGACAGAGGACAGAGAGCAGGAAAAGAAAAUCACUACCAGCCACCAGGAGAAUGAUGGAGUGAGGAUAAGAGAGGGAGAGAGGGAGGGGGAGAGGAUGAUAAGGGUGGGGGAGAGGAUGAGAGAGGGGGAGAGAAUGAGAGAGAGGGAGAGGAUGAGCGUGGGGGAGAGUAUGAGAAAGGGAGAGAGGGAGGGGGAGAGGAUGAGAGAGGGAGAGAGGGAUGGGGUGAGGGUGGGAGAGAGGGAGGGGGAGAGGAUGAGAGAGAAGGAGAGGGUGAGAGAGGGAGAGAUGGAUGGGGUGAGGGUGAGAGUGGGAGAGAGGGAGGAGGAGAGGAUGAGAGCAGGAGAGAGGGAGGGGGGGAGGAUGAUGAGAGCAGGAGAAAGGGAGGGGGAGAGGGUAAGAGAGAGGCAGAGGGUGAGAGAGGGAGAGAGGGAGGGAGAGAGAAUGAGAAAGGGAGAGAGGGGUGAAAGGGACAGGGAAGAUGGUAAGGUCUACUCUUUGAGAAACUGUGACACCCCUGAGGACAGAAUGAUCUCAGUGUGUGUCUCAGAGUCCCCACAAAAGGCCCCCUAUAGGGGAAGUGGGGGGGGAAGGGAUUGGACUUGUGAUGCUCCUCAAAGGGCCCAUAAGGAGGUGAAGAGGCAGGGGAGGGGAGGAGGACGAGGUGGGAGGAGUGAGAGGGGAGGAGGAAGGAGUGGGAGGGAAGGAGGAAGGGUCGGGAGGGAGACUGACAGGGAGGAAGACACUGGCCAGAUAGUAUCUGAGAUGAAGGUAUGUAUGAGCAGUAGCAGCAGCUCAGAGACACAAGAUUGCAGAGAGGCUGCCAUCAGGCCCAGACCACCAAGGCCUAGGCCCAGGCCUAGAUCUGGGCCCAGCCCCAGCACCCCACAACCUCACCAGACACAAUCCCACACCCAGACCCGCCCAAAACAGGCCUACCAGACCCAAACCUACCUGACAGAGGGCCAUACUGGACCGACAAAAGCCCACCCAACACAGAACCACCAUCUAGAGGCUCAGAGUGACGCCCGACAGAGCCAGCAGACUAAGACACAGGACUGCAGAGACGGUGCCAUCAGUUCUAUACCUAGAUCUGACUUCAUCACACCACACCCUCACCCUCCUCAAACCCCGGCCCAAACGCAGCACAGCCAGGCCCAGCGGACACACACCCAGCCUCACCAGAUCUGCCCAAAACAGGCCCAUCCGGCAAAGACCCACACCCACCCGACACAGGCCCAGACCCAGGCCCGACAGGUCCUGCCGACACAGGCCCAAACCCACAAGAGACAAGCACCCACCCAUCCGACACAGGCCCAGACACUGCAGCACCACAGAGAAGGUUCCGUCAGGCCCACCUGCCAUUCCACCCAUCAGACCCAGACCCAGCAGACUCAGGAUCGCAGAGCGAGUCUCACCACUGAGCCUACACACAGCCAGGAGAGCCAGGCCCAGACCCAGCAGUCAGAGGCCCAGGCCCAGCAGUCAGAAGCCCAGAUCCAGCAGUCAAUGGCCCAGGCCCAGCAGUCAGAGGCCCAGAUCCAGCAGUCAGAGGCCCAGAUCCAGCAGUCAGAGGCCCAGAUCCAGCAGUCAGAGGCCCAGAUCCAGCAGUCAGAGGCCCAGAUCCAGCAGUCAGAGGCCCAGACCCAAGCCUGGCAAAUCCAGGAUCGGAGAGGGAGUCCCAUCACUUCUGACGCGCCUCCCACCCACCAGACUCAGGCCCAGAACCAUCCUCGGCAGCAAGAGGCCUGGCAGACCAUGCAACACCGUAGAGAGAGUCUUACCAGCCCCAGGCCCGACUCCGACUCCCCACCCAGUAAGACCCAAAAUGACCAGUCUCAGGCCCAGCAGCAUUACAGAGAGAGUCUCCCCAGGUCCCGGCCCACUUCUGCCUCCCCUCCCAGACACAAGACCCAAAUACAGGACCACACUCCCCUCGCCCGACAGACACCGCAGCAUCGCAGAGAGAGCACCACCAGUCCCAGGCCCCCCUCUGACUCCCCUCCCCUCCUGGAGAGCCACCAGGCCCACAUCCAGGCCCACUCUUAUCAGACCGAGAGCCAGGGCAGACAGACCCAGCAGCAUUGCAGAGAGAGCACCACCAGCCCCAGCCCAAGGCCUACUUCUAACUCCACUCCCAGCCUGGAGAGCCAUCCAAGGGCUGUCAAUGUAUCACCAGCUCCACAUCAGAACACAGAGCCACAGAGGGAGUCCCAAGAAGAGAGACAGACAAGGACACAGACACAGACACAGAUGCCUCACAAUAUCUCAGAGCAGCAGCCUGGCAGGCCCCACUGCCCAGAGCCCCAGGCCCUACAGAAGGACAGCAACAACACACCUCAGCCUGAACCAACACAGAACAACGCCUCGUUCCCCAGCUUCGUGGAUGUCCCAGGUCCGUGUGAGCCGGAGGACCUGAUCGAUGGCAUCAUCUUUGCUGCUAACUACCUGGGUUCCACACAGCUGCUGUCUGACAAGAACCCAUCUAAAGGAACACGCAUGGCCCAGGCGCAGGAGGCUGUCAGCCAGGUCAAGAGCCAAGAUGAAGACUCUCAGAUGGUGACAGAAGUUGACCUCUUCAUCUCCACCAAAGCAGUCAAAGUGCUGAAUGCUGACACACAGGAGACGCUGAUGGACAGUGCGUUGCGUUCCAUAUCCUACAUCGCAGACAUCGGGAGCAUCGUGGUUCUGAUGGCUCGUACCCGUAUGGCAGGAACAUCCUCACAGGACUGUACUGAAGCUGAUCUCUCCUCCUCAGAGGGACAGAGGCACUACAGAAUGAUCUGCUAUGUCUUUGAGUCAGAAGACGCCCAGCUCAUUGCCCAGUCCAUCGGACAGGCGUUCAGCGUUGCCUACAGGGAGUUCCUCCGAGCCAAUGGGAUCAACCCUAAGGACCUGAGUCAGAAGCAAUACAGUGACAUCAUCAAUUCCCAGGAAAUGUACAAUGACGACCUGGUCCAUUUCUCAAACUCUGACAACUGUAAAGAGCUGGAGUUGGAGAAGCAGAAGGGAGAGAGCCUAGGUGUGGUGAUAGUGGAGUCUGGCUGGGGCUCCAUCCUGCCAACGGUGAUCCUAGCUAACAUGUUGAACAGCGGCCCGGCUGCCCGCUCUGGGAAGCUCAACGUGGGAGACCAGAUCAUGUCCAUCAACAACACUAGCCUGGUAGGGCUACCUUUAGCUACCUGCCAGGGUAUCAUCAAGGGUCUGAAGAGCCAGGUGCAGGUGAAGCUGAGCAUCGUGAGUUGUCCUCCUGUCACCACUGUCCUCAUCAAGAGACCUGACCUCAAGUUCCAGCUGGGCUUCAGUGUUCAGAACGGCAUCAUCUGCAGUCUGAUGCGUGGCGGUAUCGCAGAGCGAGGAGGGGUGCGAGUCGGCCACAGGAUCAUUGAGAUCAAUGGGCAGAGUGUGGUUGCCAUGCCGCAUGAGAAGAUAGUCCAGACUCUGUCUGUAUCAGUGGGAGAGAUCAACAUGAAGACCAUGCCUGCAGUGAUGUUCAGACUGUUAACAGGACAGGAGACUCCUGUCUACAUCUAGUCCCUCCAUGUCUACAUCUAGUCCCUCCAUGGAUGCACCCUCAAUGGCACCCUUUUCCCUGUGUAGUGUACUUCUAACCAUGGCCCAUAUGGCUGUAGGUUCACUAUGUCAGGAAUAGGGUGGCAUUUGGUAUGCAUAUUUUCUGCGUACUCUCUCACUGCUUCUGCAUGUCUAGGAGAAGAUGGUGGACAGACCGGGUGGGUGACAGGCAGAGGAAGCUGGUAUUCCAGCCAUUCCAAUGAGCCUGUCCUCCGAUUUAUAGUGACGCCAGCCUCCACUGGUGACAAGGUGGUACAUUAGCAACAUUUAUUUUUUAUAUAUCAUUUUAUUUUGGGGGUAAUAUGUUACUCUGCUGAAAAUGUCAACAACAAAAAAAAAAUUCAACUUCAGGCUUAGUUGAAGUAGCCUGGAUAACACAUUGUUUGGCGAUGACGCAUUGUACAAGGAAUGGAAUGUUAGCUAAACAGACUGGUACCAGGCUAUAAUUGAAAAGCUACACGGUCAUAAUGGUUUGAUGUGUACAGUGUGUGUGCGCGUGUGUGUGAAUACGUAUGUAUACUGUUAAAAAAACUGUAAAUGCAAGGUAAUGAUUAUGUUCUUAUGACUAGAUUACAAACACGCCACAUUUUAUUUCCAUUUUGAUAACAUGCAAGAUUAAACAAUGUAGUGACAUAAACGUGUUGGUAAGGUAACUGAACUUAUUGUAGGGAAGGGGUUGGCCUGUCGUUAUUCUUCAAUAGGAGUUCAAGUGACAAAACAGGGGUAUUUAAGCUACGUCCCGUGUAUACCUAAACAGCAUAGGACAAGGCUAUUCUUCAAUAGCAGGGGUAUUUAAGCUACGUCCCGUGUAUACCUAAACAGCAUAGGACAAGGCUAUUCUUCAAUAGCAGGGAUAUUUAAGCUACGUCCUGUGUAUACCUAUACAGCAUAGGACAUGGCUAUUCUUCAAUAGCAGGGGUAUUUAAGCUACGUCCCGUGUAUACCUAAACAGCAUAGGACAAGGCUAUUCUUCAAUAGCAGGGGUAUUUAAGCUAUGUCCCGUGUAUACCUAUACAGCAUAGGACAAGGCUAUUCUUCAAUAGCAGGGAUAUUUAAGCUACGUCCUGUGUAUACCUAAACAGCAUAGGACAAGGCUAUUCUUCAAUAGCAGGGGUAUUUAAGCUACGUCCCGUGUAUACCUAUACAGCAUAGGACAAGGCUAUUCUUCAAUAGCAGGGGUAUUUAAGCUACGUCCUGUGUAUACCUAAACAGCAUAGGACAAGGCUAUUCUUUAAUAGCAGGGGUAUUUAAGCUACGUCCCGUGUAUACCUAAACAGCAUAGGACAAGGCUAUUCUUUAAUAGCAGGGCUAUUGUAGCCUGGUCUGUCAUCGGAGCCUGCCAUGUCAACGCAUAACUACUACCUAAGGAGUUGGUGAGACAACAACACAGACCGAUCUGGGGACCAGGCUAGGAGGGAGGGGGGA